UGGCAGCGGAGAUGCACCGCCUCGUUAAGAUAUGUGCGGUUAACUGCUCAUCUUUCCAUAUCAACAUUGGUGAUUAUAAGAGUUGGGUAAUUUGUCUGGACUUGGUAUAUCAACAUACAGUUUAAUAACCAUGUCGGCGGCGUUCUCAUUGGAACGUCAGAACUGACUUGGAUUCUUCAUCGGACUCUAUUCUGCUUGUUAUUCCGUUCACUGUCAAACACACAGCAACUGGCGCAGGAGCGGGAGUCGACUGUUUUACCUUCAAACUUAGGGAAGGUAUAACGGUUGCACCAAAUGUAGCCGGUCCAAGCAGCUGGUUCAAGACAUUCUGAGAAAAAAUGGUAAACUGACUGUUGAUAAGCUGUUUGGGAGUAUUUACGGCAGAAACCGGGUGCAGUUGAAAAACCUUUGCCACUCCCGUUGCUUCAGUCAUCGCAACAGUCAACCAUCAUUAACUGUGUAUUAACUGGGAAAACUCCUUCAAGGAUUGCUCCGAUUCGACGAGCAAAAUAGAGAUUCUCCCAUAACUCAGAAGUGGAUGUUUGACUCUAGUCUCAGCCCAAUGCUCCUGCGGCCCUCCGCUCUCCCUGACAAAGGAAGCCUUGUCCUCUACCGAUGGCUCUGUGGGACACCCAGAGAGAGAGUGCGAGGAUAUAGACCCACGCCUCGACUGGGGUUGAUUUAUCUGUGGAAGACCUGCUGCAAAUGGCUGCCCUGCCUGCGUCGCCAGGAUGGAAAACAGGACUGUCAAUAGGAUGCGGCCUGACGAAUAGCAGCAAGUGAAGAUGUUGCCUCCGCCAGUGUGAAAUCAGUGGGGAGUACUUGCCAUGCAAAGAGCCUUUGAAAGUUUUGACAGCCGCACGUUUGGGAGGCCUCAUACUUUUCCUUUGAUUGUACCCCUUUCUGUGGGCGGACCUAAAGUGGAUUGUUGCUGCUAGCGCUGCGGUGUGGUGAGCCCUAGUUGGUGUGUGUGUGUGUAUCUACUGGUGUGGCAGAGGGAGCAUGCCCCUGCAGAGGCCUGGCCGUCUGAGGCUGCACCCUGCCUGGAGGGCCAUGCAGCCCCGGCUAGGCGUAGGCCUUGGUUUGGGCCUGGACCUCACCUUCCUGCUAUGGAUACUGAGCCUAGCGCAGCAGGCCCUGGUCACGGCCUCUCAGAAACUGGACGAGACGGACCCCGUGGUCACCACCGUGUACGGCAAACUGAGGGGCGUCAAGAAGGAGCUCAACAACGAGAUCCUGGGACCCGUCAUUCAGUUCCAGGGGGUACCUUAUGCCGCACCCCCCACGGGCGAGAGGCGCUUUCAGCCCCCGGAGCCGCCCAUCUCGUGGCCGGAGGUCCGUAACGCCACGCAGUUCGGCCCGGUCUGCCCUCAGACCAUCGUGGAGGGGCGUCUGCCAGACGUCAUGCUGCCUGUGUGGUUCACUAACAACCUGGAGAUAGUGUCUUCUUACGUACAGGACCAGAGCGAGGACUGCCUUUUCUUAAACAUAUAUGUUCCCACUGAGGAUGUAAAAAGAAUAUCCAAGGAAUGUGCCAGGAAACCGGGCAAGAAAAUAUGUAGACAAGGAGGUCCCCUUACAAAGAAACACAAUGAUGAUUUAGGUGAUAAUGACGGGGCGGAGGAUGAAGACAUCCGUGAAAGCGGUAGCCCCAAGCCAGUGAUGGUAUUUAUCCAUGGGGGAUCCUACAUGGAGGGCACUGGGAAUAUGUUUGACGGCAGCAUCUUGGCAAGUUACGGCAAUGUUAUCGUCAUCACAGUGAACUACCGGCUUGGAGUAUUAGGUUUCUUAAGCACUGGGGACCAAGCUUCCAAGGGAAACUAUGGACUCCUUGAUCUGAUCCAAGCUCUGCGCUGGACUAGCGAGAAUAUUGCUUUCUUUGGUGGUGAUCCUUUACGAAUAACUGUUUUUGGAUCAGGGGCUGGCGCCUCCUGUGUUAACCUCCUGACCCUGUCCCAUUAUUCUGAAGGUAACCGUUGGAGCAAUUCAACCAAAGGACUUUUCCAGAGAGCAAUAGCACAGAGUGGAACUGCGUUGUCCAGCUGGGCCGUCAGCUUCCAGCCUGCUAAGUAUGCUCGCAUGUUGGCCAAGAAAGUGGGCUGCAACCUGAAAGACACAGUGGACCUGGUGGAGUGUCUGCAAAAGAAGCACUACAAGGAGCUGGUGGAUCAAGACAUCCAGCCUGCACGGUACCACAUCGCCUUCGGGCCUGUUAUUGACGGUGACGUCAUCCCAGACGACCCCCAGAUCCUCAUGGAGCAGGGCGAGUUCCUCAACUAUGACAUCAUGCUGGGCGUCAACCAGGGCGAGGGCCUGAAGUUUGUGGAGCUUAUCGUAGACAACGAGAACGGCGUCCAGGCCAAUGAUUUUGACUACGCCGUGUCCAGCUUCGUGGACGACCUGUACGGUUACCCGGAGGGAAAGGACAUUCUGCGGGAGACCAUAAAAUUCAUGUACACAGACUGGGCUGAUAGACACAACCCAGAGACCAGGAGGAAGACCCUACUAGCCCUGUUCACUGAUCACCAAUGGGUGGCUCCGGCCGUGGCCACAGCAGACCUCCACUCCAGCUUUGGGUCGCCAACGUACUUCUAUGCCUUCUACCACCACUGCCAGACAGACCAGGUGCCCCCCUGGGCAGACGCUUCCCACGGCGACGAGAUCCCCUAUGUGUUUGGCCUGCCCAUGAUUGGCCCCACAGAGCUGUUCCCCUGUAACUUCUCCAAGAACGACAUCAUGCUCAGUGCUGUGGUGAUGACCUACUGGACUAAUUUUGCCAAAACUGGUGACCCCAACCAGCCAGUCCCCCAGGAUACCAAGUUCAUUCACACCAAGCCUAACCGCUUCGAGGAGGUGGCGUGGACGCGCUACAACCAGAAGGACCAGCUGUACCUCCACAUCGGCCUAAAGCCCCGAGUCAAGGAGCACUACCGAGCCAACAAGGUCAACCUGUGGCUGGAGCUGGUGCCCCACCUCCACAGCCUGAACGAGGUCACCCAGAUCAUCUCCACCACCACCAAGGUCCCCCUACCAGAGGUCACCCCCAGGACACCAAAGAAGAUUCCUGUCAACACCAAGAGGCCUAACCCCACUCCCUUCCCCACCGAGACCCAGGACAGUCAGAACCAGCCCUUCCUGGUGGACCAGAGGGACUACUCCACAGAGCUGAGUGUCACCAUCGCUGUGGGUGCCUCGCUGCUCUUCCUCAACAUCCUGGCCUUUGCGGCACUCUACUACAAGAAGGACAAGCGGCGGCACGACGUUCACCGGCGCUGCAGCCCCCAGCGCAACACGACCAACGACCUGGCGCACACGCAGGAGGAGGAGAUCAUGUCCCUGCAGAUGAAGCACACGGAUCUGGACCACGAGUGUGACGCCAUGCACCCACACAAGGUGGUUCUGAGAACUGCCUGCCCGCCAGACUACACGCUAGCCAUGCGACGCUCUCCUGACGACAUCCCCCUCAUGACCCCAAACACGAUCACCAUGAUCCCCAACACCAUGCAGGGCCGCCAGUCCUUGCACAACUUCAACACCUUCCCCAGUAGUGGACAGAACAACACCCUGCCUCACCCACACUCACACUCCACCACCAGGGUAUAGCCGGACGGACGGACGCUGACACACACAGCACACGCCAGAGCUCACACCCAGCCUGAAUCAAACGGAUGUGGAAUAACUUCUACUCCUGUGAAUAUAUGAAAGGAAUAUAGGAAUGUUGCUGGGACGUGAGAAUAAUUUCAUUUUAUAUAAAAGAAGAUAUGAUUAAAAGUCCAAAAAUAUUUCAAAUGAAAAAAUGAAUAAAGAGAAGGAUCAUUUUUAUUUCUGGUAUUGCAACAAAACAAGGUCAACUUUUCCAGCUAUAGAUAUCGCCUUCGGAAUUUUAUAAACGAUUGCUUGUUCCUGUUAUCAUGGAAAAGAGAGAAACCUCAGUGAAGCCUCAGAGGAGUAGCAGGGCCGCUUUGUAAAUGAAAGAAAACAUAUUGUUUUCCUGAGGCAUCAAACUGUAGAUUACUCUUUCUGGAGCCAAGAUGAGAUGCCGCUUAACCAAUUUAGGCAUGUGUUACUCUACAAGUAGAGGCAGUGUAAGAUAUGACAAAAACUAUCUAGAGAGAGGGGGAAAACUCUUAAAGAAUAUGCACAAUGUAGACAUUUUUUAAAUGUCUUGGAUUCUUUUCAUCAAUUUAUUUUUGGGGAACAGUUUUAUUGUAUAGAACCUAUUUACAUAUCUAGAUAUGUACACAAAGCACCAAUGCUGUUUAAGUCCUUCUUGGGCGUCAAUACCGCAAAUCUGCCAGCAGAACAAAAAAGGGGGGAUCCACUGGCUUUCUGGCAAAUACAGCUUCAUCACACAAGUGCUGUCUAUACCGAGAGCUGGAGGACAAAGGAUACUGGAUAUUUUUAGCACGACGCGCAUGACAAUUUAUCUGCUUGAUGGCUGUUCUGCUGAUUAAGUCAUAAUUAAGAAUACUUUUCAUCCCCAUUGGAUUGGUUUGAAGGAACACUACUGAUUAGCUUACAAAUCCAUAGGACUUUGGGAAUGGUCACAUGGGUGAAGGUCAUGGGUCAUAAUUGGGGACAGCAGGGGAGGGUGGGCUUAUGGUAACUACAGUACAUACACAAUAGCUUGAGUGAACAUGGGUAUAAGGACUAGUUUUGUACAAUUUGUGUUGGUACAACUUUUUGAUAGUGGUGAAUCACUCGCUGUUUGGGAUCCCAAUGGAGGGACCUUUCAUUGUACUCUUUUAGUUUGGAUCAAUGUUCUUUGCUAUUAUACAUAUUGGGUUUCUUAUCACCACUCUUGACUAGUUCAAGACCACUUUAAUGUAGAAAAGUAAUUACCUGCACUGUUGAUUCUUUUUUGGGGGGUGGGGUUCGUAUGAAUGAUUCCUGAACACAAAGCGUGCCCAGGGCUAUGAAGAAGGGAAGGUGAAGACUAGGAAAUAGUAGAACCUCUUGGCUGCAUAGAUUUUCUUUCCUCCUAUUAUCCUUUCAUAGAGUAUGUUCCGUAGCUCUGUUUAAAGAUUAAUGCGUAUAAAUGUGUAAUUGAAGCGAGGAAGCCCUCCACUGACAUGGUUGAUUAGGGGGUUCUCUCAUCCUGUCGUCCCUGCAACUCAACACAGAGAGAGAAAGAGAGAGAGAGAUACAGGAACUCCCAUGGUACACCUCUCCCAGGCAGGUAACAGUGAUCAGUCAGAUUCUUGCUCAAUGCAGUAGAACCGGUUUGCCCUCACCCUCGUCUCUCAAAGAGUAAAUGCCAUUUGCCUCUGUUUGUUUUAUUUUCUACUGAAGAUGCAGUACUGUAUCAUAUCAGAUUUUCUGGACUUUUAGUUCUCCUUUUUCUUUAGCAUGGUUUACACACGCCUUGGUGUCACAUUGUACAUGCCUGUCGGCAUGUUACCAUUACUGUCCCGCUAGCCCCAGUGAGUGUUCCUGCCCUCGCAGUACUAGAGUGCAACUUCCCUCUGCCAGCUAGCGCAAGUGGAGUAAUAAUGUGUCAUACAAAUACAAACCAGAGUGAAUAGCUUAAAGGAGGAAGCCGCUGAGGGGAAAAUAGUUCUCUCUAAACAGACAAAAUGCCUGCUGUACUCAAGCAGAGAGUGGAGACGACAAAUACAUUAGUAAGAGAUGACUCAUAAGUAAGACAUAAAAUAGUAAGAAACAUUAUACCACUCCCAUUUUUCUGUGUCAUAAAAGCCUGGACAUUCGUUUCACCUCCUUUACUUACUGGCGCUCUACAGCCAUUCAAAGUAAAAACAUACACUUCCAAACGAUGAGAUGUAGACAAGGUGUAGCUUUUCUGGGGGAGGUGAACAUAAAUUAUAACAAAACCUUCACAUGUCCCAAAACUAACACGCAAGCAGUUUCACUAGCCUGUAUUACAGUGCUGUGACCUCUUAACAAGGCUCCUCACUGGAGAAAUGACACUUGGGGGGGGGGGGGGGGAACCACCCAGCGAAUUAAACAUGUAAUUGCACUACAGAUAAAUGAUAUGAUCAAGUAACAUUGGAGAGUUGGCAGGAGAGGAGAAUGCGAAAGAAGCACUUACUUUAGCACACAUAACCCAGCCCCCCCCGUAUUGUAAACAGAGUUAGAAAUGAGCCAACCUGGACUACUCUCCUCUCCCAUCCUCCUUCACUCCCAUAACAGCUCACUCUGUGCACCCCCCAUUUUCAAUUAGGUAUGAAUAUGGAUAGUUGCUGCUCACUGUACUCUCUCUCCAUCAUGCUCCCUCGGAGUGCUGUUAAAAUUGUAUGAGCCAGUGGUGAAGGAGAGCUUUUCCAAAUUUUCAUGCAGGACUUCUAGAAGGUAAGAGAAAGAAGAAGGGGGGGGGGUACCUGAAACUAUAAUGUGACCAUGUGGCUCAUGCCUAACCUGUGUUACCCAGUCCUGGACAGAGGAGGGUCAAGCAUUGUGAAUGAAUGUAAUGCAACGAGUGCCAUUUUAUAUAAAACGCUUCUCGACAUCUUUGAGAUCUAUGAAGAUCUUUAAGAUCUGUCAAAGGGUGAUCGCUCUUUCAAAAUGUCUUUGAAAAGGGCGCUAUGUGAGUGGGUAUGGCAGUUGUAUUGUAGAUUAUUUGUUAUUUGUCUUUCUUUCUGGUUAAAUAGUAAUUACUCUUCUGGAGCACAAUAAAUGAUUUUAAUAAGCUGAAUUAGCAUUGCUGUAACUCUUUUUUUCCCCCGUUAUGUUUGUUCAAUAGGCUGAUUUUAUUAAAUUGCAGAGUAGACACUCACAGUUAAAGAAUGCUUGACUGAACUGAACUUCAAACAAGCCUGUAGUCACUCACUUGUCUGUUGGUCUGUCACACACUGUUGGGUUCCUUUGCUGUAUAGGACUUCAUGUUGACGUGUCCUAGACCUAGACUGAAAACAAAAUCUCAGACAGUGGACUUUUACAUGGCUAAAGUAACCAAAUCAAUACAACCAACAAUAUGGAAAAACAAAUGACUCUUCUGAAGGGUAAUGUACACACCAAACAUACACUUACUGUUUUCACAUUGGUUAUACAACAGAUAUUCAGCUAAUGCGAGUCACAAUUUGUUUUGUAUACACCGUGUAUAAUUUUUACAAAUAACAGAAGUCCCAGAUACAAUAUCCCCUCAAACCAUAAUGUAAUAUAAAAUGUAUCAGGAGAAGGUUUCUCAGUUGCUACCUGCUAGGAAAAAGUACAAAGGCUUAAGACAGUGCCAUUCUUUUCUGGCAUACUGUAUUUCCAUCGAUCCUGUACACCUGUCACUCCUCCUUACUUGUUGUACAUUUUAUGAACUUCAAAUUUGAUUGUUGAACACUGAAAGAGGAGCUAAUGUCAUUGCUGGUAGAGGUGUCCUCCCUUACAUUUUCUAAGUCAGCGUGUAAGGAAAAAUAAAAUGCAGCUAGUUAGGCUUCAGUAUCAAAGUAUUUAAUUUUAUAAAUACUUUAGAAAAAGGAUAUAACUUAUUGUUUUUAUCUGACAUUGUCAACUCCUUUGCUUUGAAUGAAGUAAAAAUACCUCUGUCUGGUAUUUAUUAAGAACCUGAAAAUCAUAUACUACAGAAUACCAAUGUUAAACUAAUUUAAACAAAGCAGCUACCAACCACACCCAUGUUUGUUGCAUUUGUAAAGGACAAGUGGGUGGCAUUUCUGUGAUUUUUUUCUGUAAAUAAUGCUUUAUUAUAGCUUACUAAUACAAGUGAUAAUGGUAUCUCAUCAUUUUAGCUGCUGCAUUUUAUAAGGUAUCUUACAAGGUGCCAAAUCCAAACACAAGACCUUCAAUGUCAUCCAUAUACAACCUACAGUGGUGAUCUGUAAAGAUGUAAUAAAGCCAUUUGUCAUUCUAAAACAAUCUGGACAGUUAUAUAAUUUUCCCUGUUUGAGACCUGAAAUAAUGUCAUAGCAGUCUCUCUCACACUUCCUGAUCAUAGGAAAAAAAAAUUGUGUACGUUUUCUUUUCUGAUUCCCAUGCUCAACAGAAUAGAGGGCAGUCUGUCAUAUUCUAUAGUAGUAUUUGCAUGCUUUCACUAAUUUUAGCUCUUUAUGUACUAAUUGGCCUUUUAAAGCAAUCAACAAUGUCUAAUGGUUUAUUUUUUGCAGGUUUUGACUGUUUCAGUUGUUGUUUUAAAGUGACAGAUAUGAAAGAUGAGUAAUUAAAUUGAUUUUCACUG